AUGAGGUCAUUCAACCAGGUUUCAUCAGCCCCAGGCGGGGCAGGCAAAGGUGAAGAGCCAGAAAAGCUGCCUGAGCCGGCAGAGGACGAGCCCCAGGUUCUGCACGGAACUGGCCACUGUAAAUGGUUCAACGUUCGCAUGGGAUUUGGAUUCAUCUCCAUGAUAAAUCGAGAGGGAAACCCCUUGGAUAUUCCAGUGGACGUAUUUGUACACCAAAGCAAACUGUUCAUGGAAGGAUUUAGAAGCUUGAAAGAAGGAGAGCCAGUAGAAUUCACAUUUAAAAAGUCCCCCAAAGGCCUUGAGUCAAUACGGGUAACAGGCCCAGGUGGGAGCCCCUGCUUAGGAAGUGAAAGAAGACCUAAAGGGAAGACCCUGCAGAAAAGAAGACCAAAGGGAGAUAGAUGCUACAAUUGUGGCGGCCUUGACCAUCAUGCUAAAGAAUGUAGUCUACCUCCUCAGCCAAAGAAGUGCCAUUAUUGUCAGAGCGUCAUGCACAUGGUAGCCAACUGCCCACACAAAAUUGUCACACAGCUGCCCACCAGUUCCCAGGAGAGACAGGAGGCAGAACCCCAGCCAUGUGUGUCUACUUCACCGAGAGAAGCGGGAGUGGGGCAUGGCUGCACACCACCAUUUCCUCAGGAGGCGAAGUCAGAGAUGACAGAACGGUCAGACAGGCCACCCCAAGAAGUCUCUUCCAUGAAGGCAUUUGUAGCACCAGAAGGGCAAAACAAAAAGGGGCCUUCAAUUCAAAAACGGAAAAAAUCUUAA